AUGGACGCAUGGACGCUGGGAAAUGUCCACUCCAAUAUCGACCUGGAUCUCUAUAAUCAAGCCAAGGAUCUUCUGCAAAAAGUCUCGUUGAUGGAGACAGGGAGCCUAACCCUCCUGCAGGCACUAUUGCUAGUGAGUGGCUUUGCUCAGAAACGGGGCAUGCCCGACGCCGGGCUGCAGUAUCUGUCCAUUGCCGUGCGGAUGGCUAUCGGCCUCGGACUCCACCAGGAGUGCGCGGAUUUGUCUUCAACUAUGUUUGAAAAGGAGAUGAGACGGCGAGUUUGGUGGACUGCCUAUAUUUUUGAUAGUUGUGCUGCCAAAAGCUUCGGCAUUCCUUUGCUCCUUCCGAACAACAGUGAAAUAAGCACUAGGCCGGUGCUGAAUGUGCACGAUGAGGACUUUGAUGUCACAGCCUCGUCGUUGCCACCUGAGGUUAAUGGGCCGACAUUGUAUUCCGGCCUGAUCGCUCAGUCCCAAUUCCACGCCAUGGCAAACGCUAUUUACCGUCGUCUCGUGGCAAAGCCGAAUGUCUCUAUUACCGAGAUGCAAGAGAUGGAGAAGAUGAUCGAUGACUGCCGGAGCUCCUACCCAUCAUACUUGAUGGACGAUGAUUACGCGUCCCGAUCAGCGUGGUUGAGAUCCUCUAAUGACCGGCUUCAGAUCUGCGACAGAAACCUACGGAUUUUACUGUGGCGUCCGUAUCUCCUACAGUGGGUGAAGAUAAAUAGCAAAGGUGAAGGGCACGAGGACGCUGUUUUACGAGACAAUGGACUACGAUGUCUGUAUGCUGCUAGAGAAUCCCUAAACCUGGUCCACAAGACCAUUAAGGGUGGUGUGCAUCUACGACUCGUCGCAUCUUUCUUGUUGUAUUGCCUCUUCCACAUUACGCUGGUAUUUGUGAUAUCCCUCCGGUUGGGUCCCGCCCUACCAGACACCUUCAGUCUUCUACAGGACAUCAAAACCAUCAAACAACUUGUGUCGCAGACAUGGCUCGUCAAUGAUGCACAAGCUAGUAACUUCCUCAACCUCAUCAACCGACUUGCUCUCCCGUUUGAUGCCCCGAUUGAAACGGCUUUAGCGGCCAGUAUCUUGCCCACCGAGAUGUUCCUGGACAAUGGUGAUUUUCCUUCGGGUUGA